AUGUGACCUGGUCUCACGUGACUCGGCUGUCCAUAAAGAGGACACGAGCUCCCAGCCGGAGUAACAACCAAGGACACCAUGAAUAACAUACUGCUCCUCUUCAUCACUCUGUUAUUCAGCUCGUUGGUCUCCAGCGGAUACCUGGAGUAUGACCAAGAUGUCCUGCUCCCGAAGGACUGGACCCAUGUUGGUCGAGUAGAUCCUUCAGAGGAGGUGGAGCUGACCUUUGCCCUGAAGCAACAGAACCUUGAGCUGCUGGAGGAAACGCUCAGACUGGUGUCUGACCCUGGCUCGGCUCAGUAUGGGAAACAUCUGAGUCUGCAGGAAGUCGCCUCCCUCGUGCGUCCCUCUGAGCUCACCCAGAAGGUGGUGCGUCGCUGGCUGCAGGCUCACGGGGUUUCAAACUGCAGGACUGUUCGCACUCAGGACUUUUUACAGUGCACCAUGACUGCAGAGGUUGCUGAGGUGCUGCUUCCAGGAAGUAGGUUCCACCGUUACGUCAGAGAUAGGCGGUCCAUCGUGAGGUCAUCAGCUCCAUAUUCUGUUCAUGAAGAGGUUCACCAACAUCUGGACUUUGUUGGAGGGCUUCACCGUGUCCCACCUAGAGAGAAAGACGUCAGGGUAAAACAUCGGCCGUCUAAGGGUGAGGUGCACCUCGGCGUGACUCCAGCCAUCCUGAGGGCUCGCUACAAUCUAACGGCGGCUGACGUGGGAUCCGGUCAGAACAACAGCCAGGCUGUUGCUCAGUUUUUGGAGCAGUACUACCACCCAGCUGACCUGGCCGAGUUCAUGGCGAUGUUUGGUCGGACCUUCCCGCACCGCUCUGAGGUGGAUCGGGUCGUGGGCACCCAGGGAGGAGGGAAAGCUGGGCUGGAGGCCAGUCUGGACAUCGAGUACAUCAUGAGCACUGGAGCGAACGUCUCCACAUGGGUCUUCACCAAUCCAGGCCGUCAUGAGUCUCAGGAGCCAUUCCUCCAGUGGAUGGUCCUGCUCAGCAACAUGUCUGACCUGCCCUGGGUUCACACCAUCAGCUACGGCGACGACGAGGACAGCCUGUCCACCGCCUACAUGAUGCGCCUCAACACAGAGUUUAUGAAGGCGGGCGUCAGGGGCAUCUCUCUGCUCUUCGCCUCCGGUGACAGCGGCGCUGGAUGCAGGCACCAGGGGAAGGACAAGAACACGUUCAGGCCCAGUUUUCCUGCCUCCAGCCCCUAUGUGACAACAGUUGGAGGAACGACCUUUAAGAACCCGUUUAAAGUAACGUAUGAAGUCACACAUUACAUCAGUGGAGGAGGCUUCAGCAAUGUUUUCAAGAUGCCCGACUACCAGGCCAGCGCAGUGGAGGGGUACCUGAAGAGCGUGACGGCGACUCUCCCUCCUCAGUCAUACUUUAAUACAAGCGGCCGGGCCUACCCAGACAUGGCCGCCCUGUCCGAUAACUACUGGGUGGUCAGCAACAGGGUGCCCAUCCCCUGGGUGUCUGGAACCUCGGCAUCGACUCCUGUGGUUGGAGGCAUGCUGUCCCUCAUCAACGGCCAGCGUCUGUCGAAGGGCUUGCCUGCGCUCGGCUUCCUCAACCCACGCCUCUACAAACUUAAAGGACAGGGCCUGUUUGACGUAACUGAAGGGUGUCACCAGGGCUGUCUGGACGAGCAGGUCCAAGGGAAAGGCUUCUGUGCCGCGCCGUCAUGGGACCCCGUCACUGGCUGGGGGACGCCCAACUACCCUGCACUACUGGCUGCCCUGCUGUCUUAGUGAACAGAACCGACCAAUCGGAGCUGAAAAAGCACUGACGUACGCUCUGGGGUGCUUGAUGCCAAAGGCAGGACAGUGGGAAGGCCAUACUCUGAACUGUUGCUGCUGUUUAUUUUAUUUUUUUAUGAUCCACAUUCAAAUUUAAAAUGUAAACUCAGUCUGCAGCAUAAUAACCUUUUAUUAUUGUUUAAGAGUUGCUGGAUCACAGCUGCCAAGGAGUCCCCUUUUUAAUGAUUAAGUUGGAAUUAUCAAUGCUUUACUGCCUUUUUCUGCAUUUAACCACAUUUUUACUGAACAGUAUUUUCUUAAAUAUGCAAACUUUUUUCUUUUUUUUUUUAAUCGGGGAAUCUGUUUAAUUUUAGAUAUGCAAAAAUGAUCAAAAGAUAUAAAGAGCAGUUUAUUGCACAGCUAAAACGGAAACCUCAUAGGUCAGAAUACUGCACUGGACACAAUUAUAUCAAAUUUUACUUUUCUCUGCAGGGAUGGAAUAAACCUUUUUAGUUAAUCUUGAAAUGCAGGCAGUUUGAAUUACUUUCACAUGAUUUAGAUGAAACAGGAACACUAUUUGUGGCUUAACACUUUUUUUUUUUUUUUUUUUUUUUUUUAAAUCAUUGUUUUCAACUGCUGCUGCUGUAGCUAUAAACAAAAUGCACUGUCAUAUGUGGGUUUUAAAAUGAUUCAGCAGUUUUACCCACAAUGCACCUUUUGUUGCAAAACCACAGAUCAGAUAUGUGGGGGUUUUUUUCUGUGUAAAUUAAAUUUAAAAUGCCAAAGUGUCAGAGCUGUAUUGUGUAAGAAAAAACAUGCCGAGAUAAAGAAAAUUAAAGACUUUGAUACUUUAAA